UUUAAUGCAUUCAAAUUACAAUUAACAUUCCGCCAAUUACCGCACACGAUGUGUUUAGAUGCAUUAUCAAGCGUAAUUCCAUGCCUUUUCUUUAGAACUAGUUGUGGGAUAAGAUGUUCUUAUUGCAUAACAAGUGCCGCUGAAAGAUUAGAUUAUGGCUAAUAAUUUCUAGCAAUGGGCUUCUGUACGGUAUUGCUCCUGUGGGUAUAGAGAUGGUGAAUCGUCUACACAUGGUAGAGAUAGUCACUGCGUUAGGGUAAAUGUGGAGCCCUGCAAUUGCUGGCUCACGCCACUGCUGGCGGAAGGGGCCUCCACUGGAGGGCAGCUCCAGAGAGCCGCCACCCUGGAGUCGAUUUGGCCAGACAUCUCGGAAGAGGCUGACGCACCCACACCAGGGGGUCGGGCAACCUGCGGCUCCGGAGCCGCGUGCGGCUCUUGAAGGACUACGUCGUGACCGUUGGUUAUUGUGGGCCCCCUUCUCGUGUUCACACGCUUUGCGGCGCUUGAAAAUACUGAGUUGGGUGGACAGAAGCGGUGGUGGGAGAGGAUUUUAAAAGACUUGCCCCAUUCUUGGUAUAUGAAUCCCUGCAUUCACGAAACCUUUAAAUCAAAACUUGCCCCAUUGUUUCAACUCGGAGAUGGAAUCGAACCCAGCGUCCUCCGGAUUGCAAUUGCUCGUGCUGAACCAAUGCUGCAGAAUGUUUGCACUCCUAGUGGCUGAUGGGUCGUGUAAAAUAUACAGUGCAGUACAGUAAUGUGUUACACCACGACAGGACACCCUCUAUAUGACCCCCCCCAUCCCCCACUAUGAAUUCCUGCGUGAAUGUGUCCUGGAACACUGCGUUACAAACUGCCCCGACUCUUCCCGUGCGGAAGUUAAACAUUUGGCUUUGGCUUGACCCGACUGCGUCUAGGAUUUACUCUGCUCAUGCAAGAAAGAAGCUCAACAUACAGACAGAUAGACAUCGAACGAGUGUUCCAGUUGAGAGCCUUAACCCAGUGGGAUAGGGGUGGGUGUGCUCUGUGUAGGAGGACGAGGGAGGAGUUGAGUUGAUUGACAUGGCCAUAACAUUCCACACGACGUGCAGUAGUAGCACAGAGCGAGAAGACCUCGUCUAUAGGGAGGUCUACGUAGUGUGUAUCAGAAUCAAAAUCGUUAUUCAUACUGGAGGAAUCCGAUGAGCUUUAAUGCUCUUUUGCAUAACGUUACAUAAACAAACACUAAAAAGGUCUACGUAGUGUGUAUCAGAAUAAAAAUCGUUAUUCAUACUGGAGGAAUCCGAUGAGCGUUAAUGCUCUUUUGCAUAACGUUACAUAAACAAACAAUAAAAACACAUGAUAGGAGUGCAAAGCAUAGCAAAGGUAAAUAACUUUAAAUAUACGUACAAAUGAAACUAAACUAUAUUUUUUUUAUCUUAGAUAAAGUCCACUGAGCUAUUCGUGGAGUGCACCAUGGGGCCACGCGCCCUGGCUGCACUGCUGCUGGUCGUGGCUGUCCCUUGGACGGGCGCUUUCUUCCCGAACGCCGCCUCCCUGGGUGGCGUGCGAGCCGACUUCACGGACGAGAGCAUCACGGAGCAGGGCGUGCUGCGAGCCGUGGCCUUCUUCCUGGAACGGAAGGACAACCUGGCGAGUGGCUCCCUCGAGACGCUCAAACCUCUCACUCCGACAAGGCUCUUCCAAGAGUACAACAAAGGUGACAAGUCACCGGCAUCAUUUUUGGAUGCCAUACAGGAUAUUAUAAGAGGAAACAAUUUGAUUGAGACGCUGUACCCCAAUAAUACCUUCUUGAACGUGCACUGUGAAGCCUUUCAAGGAGCAAGGAAAGAGCUGAAUAAGUUUCGCAACCAGAUGCUUAAAUACGUGGAGUCAUCUAAGAAAAUAAAGAGUCAUUUGAGAGAUGCGCGAAAAUACCUGGGGAUGGCACUUCAUGUUCUACAACAGUUCUAUUCCAACACCGACUGGAUCGAACUCGGUCACACAGAGCCCUGCCAUGCAUUCGGACAUCCAACCCAGGAACUUAAGACGGCAGCAAUCCAGCAGGCCACAUGCAACGACUGCUUCAAAAAUAAAAUGGACCGCGAUGUUUAUGAUUGCCCCUGGAACGUUUUGCCAAAUGCUCCGUUAACGAGCGGCUACAAGCAUGGAAAUGAAUGCCAGAGAAAACCUAAUGGAAAGUGCAGCCACGGUGGUAAAGAUGACAUCUGGCAGAGUGUAAGCCCACGAGGUGGAAUAAACAAGGAGACACUGGACCCACAACUAUCGCCACACCACUACCUGCAUGGACGCGCAGGGGAGAUGGCUGUGCAGGCCACGCGCGACUUCUUAGUGGCACCAAAUUGGGGCAUUCUGUCAACCUUGGGUUUUGAGAAAUUCAAGGAAGUCUUUAAUCUUCCAGGAUACUCGCUUGCCUUCGUCCUUGAUAUCACAGGCAGCAUGGAAGAGGACAUUGAAAAUGUCCAUAAACAAAUGGAAAUAAUAGCUGACUCCUUACAAAACAGCCCUGAUGCCCCAGAAUCAUACAUCCUCGUGCCCUUCGGUGAUCCAGAUGUUGGGCCAGUUUUUAAAUUGGAAAGCAUGCAAGACAUUAUGCAAGAAGUGCAGAACCUUAAAAUUGGUGGUGGAGGAGACUGCCCUGAGAUGGCCCUGAGUGGUAUGAUGAGAGCACUGGAAUUUUGUUCUCCACGCUCACGACUGUAUCUGAUCACGGAUGCGGGGGCAAAAGAUGAAAGCGAAAGAGAUAAGGUGGAGGAUGAGAUUGCUAAGAAGGAAGCCAAGGUGAACAUCAUCAACACUGGGGAAUACUGUGAAGAUGAUGACCGCAGAAAACGAAGCCUCCGUCAAAAGCGCUCCGCCGCGAAGAACGUGUUUGAGAUCCUUGCGGAAUUCUCUGGCGGCUCGUACAUACUCACCACCAAGGAGAAGCUCCCCGGCGUGCUGGGCAGCAUGAUGCUGGACCUGAACGCGGCGCCCGUCACGCUGCUGCGCGUCUCCUCCGCUCCGCCCGGGGAUGUGCGUUUCUCCGUGGAACCAACACUCGCCGAGUUCGCCGUUUCAGUUCGUGCCCCGGUGGACUUCGACGUGGAGCUCUACCGGCCCUCCGGUGAGCGUGACGAAAGUGUCGAGCUGCUGGUGGACACGGGGAGUUUCCGCGUGCUGCGCGUAGCCACCCCGCAGUCCGGGGAGUGGCGCGCGCGCAUCUUGGGCCCUGCAGCGCCGUACCGAGUUGAGGUGACGGGGAAGAGCAUGUUCGACUUCUCCUACGACAUCCUGCAGCAGAAGAACGGAUACAUGUUGCCUGUUGAGGGGCAGCUCGUCACUGGUGUGUCCUACCUGCUCUGGGUUAAGCCUCUGGGUCUCGAAGCCGGCUACAGGAUGACAAAUGUGCAGAUGCAAAACGCAGACGGUGUGACCAUCGUAGAGCUUCAGGCCCAAGACGAGGAGUCAAAUGGCGAAUUUGGCGUUCCCCUCAACUUCAGUGACUCCACUCCGUUCAUGGUGGCAGUGUGUGGCCUGUCGCCUGGAAACGUCACCUUCUGCCGGCUGCAAACAAAGCUGAAACGCAUCGAGAGCUUUGAGCUCAUCCUCGCCAACCCAGACGACGUGAUGAUUUUGCCGGGCAAUGCCUCCCCACUCCUCGUGGUGCUGAAGAACAACGGUGCAGCUGCCACCUUCUUGGUGUCGGCAAGCGACGAGCAGGGAUGGCUUCAGACGCUGCACCCGGUCGUGGUGAAGCUGGAGCCUGGCAAAAAUCAGACCAUGGCAAUGAAUGUCUCAGUGCCUGCUGAUGCCAGAUUCCUUGCCAGCACGGUGUACGUGACGGCCAUCAGCAAGUCAGGAGGGGGCUCUUCCACCACGCUUGCCAUCUCUGUCGCUGUCAUUGUCAAGGAAAAAACUGUCAGUUCCCUCCACAUUUGUCAAUCCCCAUUCAUCUUUGCAAUAUGUUGCUAGAUCGGCACAAUAACGAUGCAACGUGUAGAUACGUGAUUGAUAUUGGAGCGUGUUUGCAGGAGGAUUUUAGAAACUCAACCAUUAGUUCAACUUCAAGUCCACCAUACCGAAUCAUUACACUGCGGCAGAAUCCCUUUACAUGAACUCUGGAAUUUGUGCGACAACGUGCGGAUUCCUGGUGUAUUGCUUUGCGGGCGUGCGUCUCUACACAUGGUGACGUGUGCGUGUGCCUGUGCAGACUCCAGACACGGUGUCGCCCACCCUUUGGAAACUGGCCGUUGAGAGCCAGUGCACGACC